AUGGCUGUUCCAUUUGUCUGGGACCCUGAUCGUGUCCUCCAAAUCACUGAUCUUGGCCGCAAUGAGAUAAUCUGUAUUGGCCGUGCGGCCAGAAGAUUCAACUCUCGCUGCACUUGGACCAUCGAAGAGCCAGAAGUCUCCCAUGCGUCUUCCCUCCUCGCAUCCAUGGCUCGAAAGCUGCCGACGGAAGUGCGAAAUGAGGAAUUGAGAGUGCUAGCUAGGCUGUGCCUAUGCCACCAAGCGCAUCAACAUCAGCAGAAAGAAGCCUUCUUAAACCUGCAAAGCCUGCUCCAAUAUGCUCGUGACGAUUAUGAACGAUUUAAAACGUUACAGCUGCAGAAUAUAGAACUACGCACUGAAGUUCUGAAUGGAAAGGUUCGAGAGAUCAGUCUUUGCCAAAAGGUGGAUGAGCAAGCAACGGCUGCGAGCAAACUUCAAGAAACGGAACGAGGCCUGAAGAGUCAGUUGGCUCAUAUGUGCCAGCAGUUGGAUCAGCAAAAUACGACCAUAGCGAAGCUGCAAGAUUCCGAAUCUGGUUUGCGAAGGACGUCGGAUUAUCUCGAGCAACUAUUACAAAAAGGAAAAUUGACCGUGGCCAGUCUUGAAAAGUCGAAUACAGGUCUCGAAGGGCAGCUGACCGGACUUCGUCGACAAUUGUAUGACCAAAAAGUGGCUGUGGAUGAGCUAGAGGCGUCAAAGUCAGAGCUCCAAGGACAGCUCCACGAACUCCGCCAACAAUUGAACCAGCAAAACACUGCUGUCCGCAACCUGGAAGACGAAAACCGAACUUUAAAAGAUCAGCACACAGCCGCUGUAGCCGAGUUGGGCACCUCACAGCUUAAACUUGAGCAAAUGAAAUCUGAACUCCAAUCAGUCCGGAUCGGCAACGCUGACCUUCAACGUCAACUGGACGAAGCAUUCAUUCUAGGAAGACUGGGAAUCAACAACGCAUGGCUGACACGACUUCGAAAUUGGCUCCGAGCUUACCAGUUAUUGUUCACUGGGGCAUUUAGACGUGUUCGCCAUGUUUUAGCUACACUAUCAGCCAAGUUGAUGAGAUUUUGGCCUAAUCGAGGCCUCUUCAGGGGCGUAGAACCCGUUGCUGGGAAAUAUCUAGCGGCAGAAGAGAUGCUUCCCCGUCACCGCGGCCCAUCGGAACCACCAGUGUAA